ACUCCAUCACGCCUCACCUCACCUGCUUCUCCUCCACUCGCCGAGAUUCUUCCCAAAAGAGAAGAUGUCCACAAGCCAGGCGGAGAGCACACAGUCAGAUGGGAAAUCCUUUGAGCAGCUGAGACAUGAAUGUCUCAUGAAGGGAGUCCUGUUUGAGGAUCCAGAUUUUCCUGCCAAGGACUCCUCUCUCUUCUUCAGCGAGAAAGUUCCCGUCAACAUUGAAUGGAAGAGGCCCACGGAGAUAUGCAAAAACCCAAAGUUCAUCUUAGAUGGCGCAGACAGAACAGACAUUUGCCAAGGACAGCUCGGGGACUGCUGGCUCCUGGCAGCCGUUGCUUCGUUGACUAUGAAAAAAGAAGCCCUGGCCCGAGUUGUCCCACCUGACCAGGAAUUUGCUCAGAGAUACGCUGGUAUCUUUCACUUCCAGUUCUGGAACCACAACAAAUGGCUCGACGUGGUUGUGGACGACAGACUGCCAACAGUGAGAAAUCAACUCAUCAUGCUCCACUCGGCCUCCAGCAAUGAGUUCUGGAGUGCGCUGCUGGAGAAAGCCUACGCCAAAUUGAACGGCAGCUAUGAAGCCCUGAAGGGUGGCAGCACAAUGGAGGCCAUGGAGGAUUUUACUGGUGGCGUUGGUGAAAUGUAUGAGACCAAGGCUGCUCCAGGAGACCUGUUCAAUAUCAUGAAGAAAGCCCUGGACCGAGGCUCAAUGAUGGGAUGCUCUAUUGAUAUCACUAGCUCUGCAGAGUCAGAGGCCAAGACUUCCACAGGCCUGGUGAAAGGACAUGCAUACUCCAUCACAGGUGUAGAAGAGGUGAAUGUCAGAGGUCAGAAGGUGAAGUUGGUCCGGAUUAGAAACCCCUGGGGACAGGUUGAGUGGAACGGUGCCUGGAGUGAUAACUCCAGAGAGUGGAAUUAUAUCGACAGUGCAGAAAAAACUCGCUUAAUGCAGAAUUCAGCAGAUGACGGUGAAUUCUGGAUGGAAUUUGAGGACUUCAAGAGGAACUAUGACAAAGUGGAGAUUUGCAACAUGAGUCCCGACUCCCUGACUGAGGACACGAAACAUCAGUGGGCAGUCAAUGUGUUUGAGGGAAACUGGAUUCGGGGUUCCACUGCUGGAGGCUGCAGGAACUACAUUGACACAUUUUGGACCAACCCUCAGUUCAAGCUUUUGCUGAACGAUGCUGAUGGUGAUAAUACUUGCAGUGUGGUCAUCGCGCUGAUGCAAAAGAACAGACGAAAACUGCGAAAAGAAGGCCUGGACCUGGAGACCAUUGGCUUUGCUGUGUAUGAGGCUCCAGAGGGCGAGGACCAUGUGGGGAAAGACUUCUUCCGUUACAAUGCAUCCAAGGCACGCAGCAGAACCUACAUCAACAUGCGGGAGGUUGCAGAACGCUUCACGCUGCCUCCUGGAAACUACCUGGUGGUUCCCACCACUUUCCAGCCCCACCACGAGGCCGACUUUCUUAUUCGUGUCUUCUCUGAGACAAAGGCUGAAGCUUUAGAGAUGGGAAGCAACGUUGAUGCCAACCUGCCAGACCCACCCAUGCCCACCCCUCCAGAGGAGGAGACAAAGGAGGAGAAAGGCCUCAGGAGGCUGUUUGAACAGCUGGCUGGCUCGCCACACUCACCAUGCUUUUUGUAUCACUGCCACUUUAAUCCUUUAUCUUCAGGAAAAGAGAUCAAAUUUGAUGGCCUGAGUCUCAGCACCUGUCAGAGUAUCAUCAAUCUUAUGGAUGUGGACAAUACGGGAAAGAUAGAGUUCCAAGAGUUUAAGGUCUUCUGGGAAAAGAUGAAGAAGUGGAUUAUGCUCUUUCUAUCCUUUGACACGGACCGCUCAGGAAAGAUGUCAUCUUAUGAGCUUCGUGGCGCUCUCAAAGCCGCAGGUAUGCAACUGAACAACCAGCUCCUGCAGCUGGUGGGGCUCAGGUUUGCUGACGAGAACUACGAAAUUGACUUUGAUGAUUACCUCACCUGCAUUGUCCGUCUGGAGAACAUGUUCAGAGCUUUCCAGGCUAUGGACAAAUUCAACAGGGGACGAGUGCAAAUGAACAUCAUGCAGUUCCUGAUGUUGUCGAUGAACAUGUGAGGAGGAACUGAAACGGAUACCAGCGGAGGAACAAAACGCAGCAGAUCAUCUUUAAGAGCAAUGUUGUGAAUAUUAAACUUCGCCAUGAUUCAGAUUCUGUGCUGUUAUUAUUAUUUGAAAUGUAAUGUGAAAACAC